AGAGGCGGGCUGGGGCGGACGGAAGGAGAUCCAGGCCGGAAGGAGGCUGCGGGAGGGCGGGAGGCAGGAGCGGGCCCGGAGCUGCUGGGUCGGAGCGGCGGCGCCGCCAUGUCCGACAGCGAGAAGCUCAACCUGGACUCUAUCAUCGGGCGUCUGUUGGAAGUGCAGGGCUCGCGGCCUGGCAAGAAUGUACAGCUGACAGAGAACGAGAUCCGUGGUCUGUGCCUCAAAUCCCGAGAGAUUUUCCUGAGCCAGCCCAUUCUUCUGGAGCUGGAGGCCCCCCUCAAGAUCUGUGGUGAUAUCCACGGCCAGUAUUACGACCUUCUGCGGCUGUUCGAGUACGGCGGCUUCCCUCCAGAGAGCAACUACCUCUUCCUGGGGGACUAUGUAGAUCGAGGAAAGCAGUCUUUGGAGACCAUCUGCCUGUUGCUGGCCUAUAAGAUCAAGUACCCUGAGAAUUUUUUCCUUCUCCGAGGGAACCAUGAGUGUGCCAGCAUCAACCGUAUCUAUGGUUUCUACGAUGAAUGCAAGAGACGCUACAACAUCAAAUUAUGGAAAACCUUCACUGACUGCUUCAAUUGCCUGCCCAUUGCUGCCAUUGUGGAUGAGAAAAUCUUCUGUUGCCAUGGAGGCUUGUCCCCAGACUUGCAGUCCAUGGAACAGAUUCGGCGCAUCAUGCGGCCCACAGAUGUGCCUGACCAAGGCCUGCUGUGCGACCUGCUGUGGUCUGACCCCGACAAGGACGUGCAGGGCUGGGGCGAGAAUGACCGCGGAGUCUCCUUUACCUUUGGGGCUGAGGUGGUGGCCAAGUUUCUGCACAAGCAUGACUUGGACCUUAUCUGCCGGGCACAUCAGGUGGUAGAAGAUGGGUAUGAGUUCUUUGCCAAGCGGCAGCUGGUAACACUGUUCUCAGCUCCUAAUUACUGUGGCGAAUUUGACAACGCUGGCGCCAUGAUGAGUGUGGACGAGACCCUCAUGUGCUCCUUCCAGAUCCUCAAGCCCGCUGACAAGAACAAGGGGAAGUAUGGGCAGUUCAGUGGCCUGAACCCUGGAGGCCGACCUAUUACCCCACCCCGCAACUCCGCCAAAGCCAAGAAAUAACCUCUGUGCCACCCCUGUACCCCAGAUGGAUUAUAAAAACAAAUCAUGCUGCCACUGGGGGUCACAAAGGCCCCUCAAGCCCUCCCAUCAUGGGGGACACGGAGCCUUGGUGUAUUUUUCUUUUUUAAUAAAUCAAUAGCAGCGUCCAAUCCCCCAGGGCUUCCUCCCACCCACAACUGUGGUGGCUGCAGGUGGGAUCCUGGGGCUGAGGCUGCAGCUCAGGGCAAUGGCAGGCCAGACUGUGGGUUUCCAGCUGUGCUCGGUCACAGGGCUGGCAGCAGGAUCCUGGGGCAACCCAUCUGGUCUCUUGAAUAAAAGUCAAAGCUGGAUUCUC